GUGAUUGCUGCGGUUACUCGUCACCAGUCGUCACUAUUGCUUAUUGCAGCACUAUGAAUGUACCGCGUUGACUUUGUCAUUCUUAACACCGGUAUCAUGAUUAUCCACAUAUAGAUUAGAUCUUUCGAUGUGUGUAAAGAGCCGUGAUAUAUCUGAAUACAAUGCUAUUUAGUAUUUUCCGCGAUAAAAUGUCUACGUACUGGUGUCAAUACCGGUAGUGUAUACUAGAAUACGCCCACGCGCGUUAAGUGCAUUUUGUUUCAGUUAGAUUUUGUGAAAAUUAUAUCGAAGAAACUUGUAUACGUAUUGAAAAGAGGUUAAAAGAGUGAUAUUUCUGUUGGAAAAAUUACUUCACGUGAUGUACCGUGACAGCUGAUAAAAUUGUUUACUUUGGCAUUUUGUUUUUCGAAUAAAAUAAGAGUGACACUCGGUGAGGAAUUGAUUUUUCAUGCACAUGUGAAUUAACAAUACACAUGUGUGUCUAUUAAACAGGGUGCAAUAAAUAAGGAAUGGGAAUUGACAGUAUGAGAGUCGGAGGAGGCCGAUGUCCUCCCCUCCUUGUUGGAGGACUUCUCGUCGCUUGUUUAAUGCUUAUUUGCAACUGGUGGACUUUAUCUUCUGAAAAUAUUGAAUUAGUUAGACAAAUCGAUGAAUUAAAUGAACAACUUAAAAUCAGUGGCGAAGAAAGAGAUCAGUGUGUUACAUUACGUGGGAAUUUAGAAGAAAGAUUUAAACAUGCAGAAGGUGAGGUGGCAUCUCUUCAUGUGCGUUUGGAACAGCAGGAAUAUUCAAAGAAAAAGAAUGAGGAAUUAGAGUACUAUAAUAAUCUUUGUAAAGGUGAACUGGAUUCAUUAAAAAAGUUAGAUGCUGGUAAAAACGUGACAAUAGAGACUUUAAGACUAGAAAAAAAUAAUUUUAAAACGCAGCUAGUUACAACAAGAGAUGAAAAUAAAAAGUUACAGGAAGAAAUAGAGCAGAUAAAGGAUGAUCUCAAUAAAGCUAAACUUAACUGCGGUACAACUCCUCCAAAGAAAGUUGCCAACAUUUCUCAGCCUGCAAGACCAGUAAUUAACAAAUCUCAGUUGGGUCCUGUUCCGGAGUCAGCUGUAAGAAUAAGCUUAGCUGGUCAGCGUGGUUUGAAAUAUCAUGGAAUUCCAAUUCUUCCAAAAGAUCCACCUGGUGCUGUGCGCCUAAGUCCUCGCGUCUCAGUUACAAUGCUGAAAGUUGAGACAAAUCCAAAAGAUCCAACAAAUAAUGCUUCCAAUGAAGGCACAAUGUUGAACAAUCCAGAAUUAGAAGAAGAAGAUAAAAACGGAAGCAAUAAACAAGAGAAUACAGGAUCUACAGAUGCCAAUCUAAAAGAAACUUUCAGGCUCUACGAAUGAAAACAUAAUUCAGUGCAGACUGAUAAUAAAUAAUAUGUCUCUUGCAGUAACUAAUAAAUAUGUGUCAAACAUUUAUUAAAUAUAUUGAAUGAUAAUGUUUCUUAGAACAAAAAUUAUUUUCAAUGCUUCAC